UUGCCCCAGCGCGCGCGGGCUUCUCUGUAGCCAGUCGCGCGUGGGCUGAGGGCCCCGGGCGGGCGGUGCGAAGAGUUUGUUUGCUCGGAGGUUGUGUGUUGUGUGAGUGCGUGUGUCUUAAAUCUCGGGACAGCUCGGGGUUCCCUGCCUUUCUUGGGAGGGCACACCCCCGACGUGAGGUGAAAUGGGCUGUCCGGUGAGCUGCUAGGGGGAAAGCGUAGGAAGGUUGGGCGGGGGGAGGGCGGGAGGGGGGGCGGCCAUGAACUCGCCCGUGGACCCUGGCGCUCGGCAGGCGCUGAGGAAGAAGCCGCCGGAGCGGACGCCUGAGGACUUAAAUACUAUUUAUUCUUACCUUCAUGGAAUGGAAAUACUAUCAAAUCUCAGGGAACAUCAACUGAGGUUAAUGUCUGAAAGAGCACGCUAUGAGAGAUACAGUGGCAAUCAAAUACUUUUUUGUUCAGAAACUAUUGCCAGAUGUUGGUAUAUACUGCUUUCUGGAUCUGUACUUGUGAAAGACUCCAUGGUCUUGCCUCCUUGCAGUUUUGGUAAGCAGUUUGGAGGAAAAAGAGGAUGUGAUUGUCUUGUAUUAGAGCCUUCAGAAAUGAUUGUGGUAGAGAAUUCCAAAGAUAAUGAAGAUAGUAUUCUACAAAGAGAAAUUCCUGCCAGACAGUCUCGACGAAGGUUUCGGAAAAUUAACUAUAAAGGAGAGCGUCAAACCAUAACUGAUGAUGUGGACAUUAAUAGCUACCUUUCUCUUCCGGCUGACCUUACCAAGAUGCACCUUACAGACAACCCUCACCCACAAGUGACUCACGUGUCCUCUAGUCAGUCUGGUUGUAGCAUUGCCAGUGACUCUGGGAGCAGCAGUUUGUCUGAUAUCUAUCAGGCUACAGAGAGUGAGGUAGGAGACGUAGAUUUAACACGUCUUCCAGAGGGACCUGUUGAUUCUGAGGAUGAAGAAGAGGAGGAGGAAGAGAUUGACCAAACAGAUCCAUUGCAGGGGCGAGAUCUUGUUCGAGAAUGUCUUGAGAAGGAACCUGCAGAUAAAACUGAUGAUGACAUUGAGCAAUUGCUUGAGUUUAUGCACCAGCUCCCUGCUUUUGCAAACAUGACCAUGUCUGUGAGGAGAGAGCUAUGCUCAGUGAUGAUCUUCGAAGUGGUGGAGCAGGCUGGAGCUGUUAUUCUUGAAGAUGGGCAAGAGCUGGAUUCAUGGUAUGUUAUUUUAAACGGCACUGUAGAAAUCAGUCAUCCAGAUGGAAAAGUUGAAAAUCUCUUUAUGGGAAAUAGUUUUGGAAUUACUCCCACUCUGGAUAAGCAGUACAUGCAUGGAAUUGUCAGGACUAAAGUAGAUGACUGUCAGUUUGUCUGCAUAGCUCAGCAGGAUUAUUGGAGGAUUUUAAAUCAUGUGGAGAAAAAUACCCAUAAAGUUGAAGAAGAGGGAGAAAUUGUUAUGGUGCAUGAACACCGUGAGCUAGACAGAAGUGGGACCAGGAAAGGACACAUUGUAAUCAAGGCAACACCUGAGCGUCUCAUCAUGCAUUUGAUAGAAGAACAUUCCAUUGUGGACCCAACCUAUAUAGAAGAUUUUCUGUUAACUUAUAGAACAUUUCUUAAAAGUCCUUUGGAUGUUGGAGUCAAACUAUUGGAAUGGUUUAAGAUUGACAGCUUAAGGGACAAGGUGACACGAAUUGUAUUAUUAUGGGUAAAUAAUCAUUUCAAUGAUUUUGAAGGUGAUCCUGCUAUGACUCGAUUUCUAGAGGAAUUUGAAAAACAUCUGGAAGAUACAAAGAUGAACGGUCACCUCCGGUUAUUGAAUAUUGCCUGUGCUGCAAAGGCCAAGUGGAGACAGGUUGUACUGCAAAAGGCUUCCCGAGAGUCCCCCCUGCAUUUCAGCCUCAAUGGAGGAAGUGAAAAGGGAUUUGGUGUCUUUGUUGAAGGAGUAGAACCUGGUAGCAAAGCUGCAGAUGCAGGGCUGAAACGAGGUGAUCAGAUAAUGGAAGUAAAUGGACAAAAUUUUGAGAAUAUUACAUUUGUGAAAGCCCUGGAAAUUUUAAGGAAUAACACUCAUCUUGCACUUACAGUGAAGACUAACAUUUUUGUGUUCAAAGAGUUACUUAGUCGGACUGAACAAGAGAAGUCUGGUAUUCCUCAUAUUCCCAAAAUUGCUGAGAAGAAAAGUAAUCGCCAUUCAAUCCAAGAUGUACCAGGAGAUAUCGAACAGCCAUCACAAGAGAAAGGAAAUAAGAAAAUAAAAGCAAAUACUGUUUCAGGUGGAAGAAACAAAAUCAGGAAAAUUUUGGAUAAAACACGAUUUAGCAUCCUGCCUCCAAAACUGUUUAGUGAUGGAGGCCUGAGCCAGUCACAAGAUGACAGCAUUGUGGGAACCAGACAUUGUAGACACAGCCUGGCUAUAAUGCCUAUUCCUGGAACACUCUCGUCCAGCAGCCCUGAUCUCCUGCAGCCUACUACCAGCAUGUUGGAUUUUUCUAAUCCUUCAGAUAUUCCUGAUCAAGUCAUAAGAGUUUUCAAAGCAGAUCAACAGAGCUGCUACAUUAUCAUCAGUAAAGACACUACAGCUAAAGAAGUGGUUUGUCACGCUGUUCAUGAAUUUGGUUUGACUGGGGCAACCGAUACGUAUUCUCUCUGUGAAGUUUCUGUUACUCCUGAGGGUGUCAUAAAGCAGAGAAGACUUCCAGACCAGUUCUCCAAACUAGCUGAUAGAAUUCAACUCAAUGGAAGGUAUUACUUAAAAAAUAACAUGGAAACAGAGACAUUAUGUUCAGAUGAAGAUGCACAAGAGCUUGUAAAGGAAAGCCAGCUGUCCAUGCUGCAGCUUAGUACCAUUGAAGUGGCCACCCAGCUGUCCAUGAGGGACUUUGACUUAUUUCGUAAUAUUGAGCCUACUGAAUACAUUGAUGAUCUUUUCAAGUUAGAUUCCAAGAGGGGAAAUGCUCACUUGAAAGAGUUUGAGGACAUUGUGAACCAAGAGACAUUCUGGGUUGCCUCAGAGAUUUUAACGGAAUCAAAUCAGCUCAAACGAAUGAAAAUCAUUAAACAUUUUAUUAAAAUUGCACUUCAUUGUCGAGAAUGUAAGAACUUCAAUUCCAUGUUUGCUAUAAUAAGUGGCUUAAAUCUGGCACCUGUAGCACGACUUAGAGGUACUUGGGAAAAGUUACCAAGCAAAUAUGAGAAACAUCUCCAGGAUCUACAAGACCUUUUUGAUCCAUCAAGAAACAUGGCAAAAUACAGAAAUAUUCUCAGUAGUCAAAGCAUGCAGCCUCCAAUCAUCCCACUCUUCCCUGUUGUCAAGAAAGACAUGACAUUUCUACAUGAAGGAAACGACUCCAAAGUAGAUGGCCUAGUAAACUUUGAGAAGCUAAGAAUGAUUGCCAAGGAAAUUCGUCAAGUUGUUCGAAUGACUUCUGCAAAUAUGGACCCCGCUAUGAUGUUCCGACAGAGGAAGAAGAGGUGGCGGAGUCUGGGGUCAUUGAGUCAAGGCAGCACAAAUUCAAACAUGCUGGAUGUGCAAGGAGGUACUCACAAAAAACGGGCACGCCGCAGCUCUCUGCUGAACGCCAAGAAGCUGUAUGAGGAGGCCCAAAUGGCACGCAAAGUGAAGCAGUAUCUCUCAGGUCUGGAUGUGGAGACAGAUGAGGAGAAGUUCCAGGUGAUGUCACUGCAGUGGGAGCCUGCAUAUGGUACCUUGACCAAGAAUUUAAGUGAGAAAAGAUCAGCCAAAUCAUCUGAAAUGUCUCCUGUGCCUUUGAGGUCAGCUAGCCAAACAGCUAAAGCCCACCUGCAUCAGCCCCACAGGGGGAGCCAGAUGCUUCCGGUGCCCGCCGUUAACCUGCAUCCCGUCAGGAAGAAGGUGCAAGCUAGAGACACUGCACUGAUUUUAGGUACAAAUUUACCUCAGAAAGUUUUAGGCACUGAAGAAGUCAGUGGUAAGAGACAUGCAGAAGACACUGUCUCCGUGGCGUCCUCUCUGCAUUCCAGUCCCCCUGCGUCUCCUCAGGGCUCCCUGCGCAAAGGUUACACACUUUUACCAUCAGCUAAAUCUGACAACUUGUCUGAAUCCAGCCACAGCGAGAUUUCCUCCAGGUCCAGCAUCGUUAGCAACUGCUCUGUGGACUCCAUGUCAGCUGCACUUCCAGAUGAGCGGGGUUUGUCCCAGCCCCUGACUGGCCCCGAGUUCAGUGCCCCCUUGGAAAAGGCCGAUCCCCCUCUGGGAAUAGGAGAGCACAGUCAGCUUGGUUCUGGGUGGGCACUUUCGAAGCCAUCUUUAAUCAAGGGCUUAGCCGUCUCAUCUUCCACGAGCAAUGAGGAAAUUUCUCAUGAGCACGUCAUCAUAGAAGCUGCCGACAGCGGUCGAGGAAGUUGGACUUCCUGUUCAAGCAGUUCCCAUGACAACUUCCAAAACCUUCCAAACCCAAAAAGCUGGGACUUUUUGAAUUCCUACAGACAUACUCAUUUGGACGAUCCCAUUGCUGAAGUUGAACCCACAGACUGUGAGCCCCAUUCCUGUCCUAAAAGCUGCUCUCGGACUUGUGGCCAGUGUAAAGGAAGCCUGGAGACUGAUGAGCUGCGACAGAGUUGGGCUUCAUCCAGCUCGCUGUCAGACGCGAGUGAGCCCAACUACGGGACAGUGAGACGCAGAGUGACGGACAGGACCCCUGCCAACACAGCCGACAGCUCGGACCCCAAGGACGCCACUGACCCACUUUACAAAACUGUCACUUCAAGUACGGAGAAGGGCUUGAUUGUAUACUGUGUCACAUCACCCAGGAAGGACGGUAGGUUUAGGGAGCCGCCUCCCACUCCUCCAGGAUACCUGGGGAUCUCUCUAGCCGACCUCCAGGAAGGACCCCACCCGCACCUAAAACCUCCAGAGUAUAGUGUGGCAGUGCAAAGGUCAAAGAUGAUGCAGAACAGCCUCUGUAGGCCACCACCAGCUUCUCUCAGUAGCAAUCCUGUGGCCUGUGGCCCCUCGAAGACUGUAUCUCAGCCUCACAGGCAUAAUUUGCAGCCAUCCCGUCCUAGACUAACAGAGGUGACUGAUGCAGAUAGCGGAGCAGAUGAAAAUGAACAGGUCUCAGCAGUCUAGCCUUUGAGUCGCCCACUUGAAUCUGGUCACUGGAAGUCGAGGAGCGAGCGGAGUCUGCUGGCUGCUGCUACUAACCCAGAGGCUUCAUUCCCUGCGCUCCUGAAUGAGACUGCCCGCCAUUUAGUCCCCGCAGGCAAGUGGUUUCCGGCUGUGGAUGCUGGGCCUGACUGCGCCAGACCUGCCUUAGGACUACAUUUGUCAAUGCAAACUCAAGUCGUCCCAUGUAUCACUAUUGAUUUUCCUUCCAGACAUCUUUUAAAGCAUAGUGGUGGUAUUAUUUCCAAGCCAUAGCUUGGGCUAGUGGACACAUUCAAAAUGUUGGCCAAUGCCAAGGAUAUUCUUGUGUAUUUGGAAAGUAACUUAUUAUUGAAGUACUGUGGUUUGGGGGGGGCGGGGGGGGGACUGAUGUGUGUUUGAGGCCAUAAGAGUGUCUCUGGUCCAACCCGACAGAGAAUCACCCUUGUGGAGGAGCUGGGUUUGACGCAUGCAGCGUGGUGCCUGGGCAGUGCGGUGCAGGGGGCGGCCACAGAUAGGCUGAGGGGCAGUAACUCUUCAUUGUGAAAGAAUGAACUCAUUCAUCUAUUAUGAGUGACAAGUAGAGAGUUUUAAGUCUUUAAAAAAAAAAAAAAAGAGCAUUGGACUCAUGAAGAUGAAUUUGCCAUUGCAGAGUCUUCUGCCUGCACACCACCCCUACAGCACUGGAUUGCAUCAAUCUGGAAAGCCCCCUGUGGCUUUGAGGCCCUUAGUGAAGCUAAGGAGCCCACCAAGGGCUUGGAAAUUGGGUUGAAGAUUGUGGGACAAAGAGCAACUGAGAUUGUCUUGUUAGGCGCUGGUGGCCUGUAAUCCUCUAAGUACUCAGGAGGCUGAGAUCUGAAGACCAUGGUUCAAAGCCAGCCCAGGCAGGUUGGUGAGACUUACCUCCAAUAAACCACUCAGAAAAGCCCAGGAGGAGUGGCCCAAGUUGGCAUAGCGCUGGUCUUGAGUAAAAGAGCUCAGGGAUAGGACCCAGGCUCUGAAUUCAAGCCCCAUGACCAACAGAGAAAAAGAUUGUCUCGAUUCAAAUUUUGGCCCUGGAAAAAAGGACUUAACUUUAAAUAUUUAAUAACUGUUUACUAGAUCAAGUGGAUUUUUACAAAUUGUUUAUAUAUCUUUUUCAUUUUUUAUGUAGAGGCAAGUAAAAUUUCUGUACCAAAAAAAGCCAAAGCCAUUUAUAGGUGUACUACUAGCAAGAUCCUCUUGAAGCCAAUGGGUUCACUUCAGAAUGUCGUUUAUAUAUGGCCAUGCAGGGCUUAGCUUAAGACAACCAUGGUUGCAUUUCUCUGUUUAUCACCUUCAUUUAAAAAUCGUAGUGUGUUUUUCUCAUCAAAAUGAUUAUCUCUGUUUUAGGAAAGUGGCAUGUCUUUGAAAAAAAAAUCCCUGGAGGGAAAGAAAGCAUUCUGAAUUGAAGCCUUAGAAAUUAGUCAGUCCCAGGUGUGUUCAAAUGCAAGUUACAUGGCUUGCUUGUAAAAGGUAACCUGAGUCCAGAAUCCUGGUUUGAAAGUCCAUUCCCUCUGCUUAUGAAUCUACUAGUUUACCCAUAAUUUUGUUUUGCUAUAACCAUCACUGAGGUGGUUGCAUUUUAUUCUCACCAUCCAUGAGUGCAGAAAAUGUACUAUCUGCACAGCAUGUCCAUCAAAUGGAAGCCUUACAUGAAUGGUGUAAACGAUGCCCUGCACAGAGAGCUGAGGCCUUGUGGGUUGGAGCUUGCACCAUGUGGCUGCCUUUGUUUGUAGCUAGCUUUAACUGUGAGUGUUUGGAUCAGCUGAUCAUAUUGAUCAGAAAUAAAACCAAAUGCUUUGUGACCAUUUAAUAUGUAUGAAUCCCUUAAAAAUUCAUGAAGGGCUGUGGCAGAGUGCUUGCCUAGACAAGUACCCCCCCCCCCCCAAAAAAAAAAAAAAAACUUAAUUUUAAUUUAGAGCACAAGAAAGUCCUUUCUUAAGUUUCUCAUAGAACCAGAACAAAGGAAAGCCUUAAUUAAGCCUGUAGUUUGCUUCAGUUCCAAAUACCUAGUUCUUACGUUAUGAAUGUCUAUUGAAGCCUGCAGGAACCCUGAGUGCAAACGUUUGCCAAAUGGUAAGUUUCAGCAAAGUUUCUUCCAAUCAAAGCUUUGGAGAACUGGUAGAUCCAUCCACAUUUCUAGACCGAAGCUUUCGGGACAAGAGUCCUCACCUCCACUCCUAGCUAGAAGUGCAGCUGUAGUCAGCAAACUACAAGUGGCCUUUCCCUGCUGUGUUCCAGUAUGUACCCUUUAGUGUCACUCGGAAGACUGAACCCUGUUCAUCUUUAGCUUUUGUUGUUGUGCUUUUUUAAAAGUUUUAAUAUUUAGAAUGCAAUUGAUCUUUUAAAACU